AUGGGCCAGGGGCACUCUACCAAGACCCAAGCCGACGCCGGCUGCACGCGCGUGGGGAGCCUUCUGUUUCUCCAAGUCGUUUUAACCAAGGCUCCACUCCAAAUCAAACACCUUCUUCAUCCCAAGCAUUUUCUUCAGCUUGUGUCCAUGAGAUUUGGCAGUGGAACUAGAGUAUGCUACUGCUGUGAUGAUGAUCUCAAUGAGCUUUUUUAUUAUUGCUCCGCCUGCGAUUAUGCUAUGACUUGUGCCGAGAAAACACUGAUUUUAGCUAGAGACAUUCCCAAGUGGCAUGAGCAUACGCUUGCUCUCUUUCCAACCCAGGCUUCUUUUCCUUGCAGUAUAUGUGCCUUGACCCAUUCAGCCUGUCCUUUCUAUGUAUGCCCUCCUUGCGACUUUGUCGUCCAUCAGAAAUUUAUCAGCUUACCGCGUGUCAUAAGGAUAUCUCGUCAUCCCCACCACCACAUCUUCUUUACACCAUCUUUCACUCAAGGUCACUUGUCUUGUGGUGUUUGCCGUAGAAAGAUGGAUAUUGAUUAUGGGGGCUAUUCUUGCGUUAAGGAUGGUUGUUCCUAUGCGGCACAUUCAAGAUGUGCCACACAAAGUAAUGUAUGGGAUGGCAUUGAUCUUGACGGAGUGCAUCCGGAACAAAUCGAAGAAGAAGUUGAGCCAUUUGUGAAAAGUGACGGAGACAUACGACAUUUCAGCCACGAAUAUCAUCUUUUGAGAUUGGAUGAGAACAAAGACAAAGAUUACGACGAGAAUAAGCUGUGUCAAGCAUGUGUUACCCCAAUCUAUUUCGGUAACUUCUACUCUUGUGUGCAAUGCAAAUUUGUUCUACAUGAAACAUGUGCUAAUAUUUCUCGCAAAAUAUAUCACCCGAUACAUCCACAUCAGCUCAUUCUAGCCCCAGAGGGAAGAUAUGACGACGUUACAUGUUCAGCUUGUGAUAGGUUGAUACCAGCAGAUUGUUUUUCCUAUGAGUGUGCUAAAGAAGAAUGUAAUUUUCAACUACAUGUGCAGUGUGCCACAACUUCUGAGCCAUUAGUCCAUGGAAGCCAUGCACAUCCUUUAUUUUUAACAACUAAACCAGAAGUCUGGGGAUCAUGUCGUGUUUGCUCUCUUAAGAUAAAGGAAACAUUCAAUUGCAUUGAAUGUGAUGACUUUUCUUUGUGUUUCCAGUGUGCUACUAUACCUCCAAAGGUGAGGUAUAAGCAUGAUACGCAUAUCCUCACUCUUUUUUAUGGCGAGGACAAAAGUACUACCAUGAUGCAUUGGUGUGAGGUUUCUGAAAGAAAAAUAGAGAUAAACAAGUGGUUUUAUACGUGUGAUCAGUACUGCUGUGUCACUCUACAUAUCAAAUGUUUGAUUGGGAGGGACUUAUACAUGAAGCCUGGUUCAUCACUCUUCUUCUACGGCAAACAUGUAGAUGUUUUGUCAAACAAUCAUCUGAUGUCUCGGCCCAUUUGCGCCAAAAGUGUGAACCAUUGUCCACACAAAAUAGCUUUCCAAUGUUUCGGCUUAAUAGCUUUUUCUCUAGAAUGUUUAGGGGGGUGUUAUUGGAUGUUCAGGGAUUGGACUUUGUAUUCUUGCCAUCUAUUGAAUGCUGUGAUCCAUCUAAGCCCAUUGACAAGCAUGAAGAGGAGAAAUUGGUAG